UCUACUCAUGAUGAACUCUUCAGAGUUUUCCCCUUGAAUUCCCCUGAUGUUUCUCCAGGUACAAGUAAACAAGAAACAAUAGAUACCUAUGUGACUCGGUGUCACUAAACUACCUCAUUAUUCUGAUAGAGCGAGAAAACUUACCAAUUGUAUUUCAGAGAUGAUUACCAGAGAUAUCCAGCCUGUUAGUAUUGUCGAUGACAUAGGAUUUCUAAAUCUACUAAGGGAAGCUAAGCCACGUUAUGUAGUUCCUUGUAGAUCUAAAAUAUCAAGGUGCAUUGAUGAUUUGUAUGUCUCUAAUAAAAGAAGAGUUCAAGGUCUAAUAGCAGAUGUAGAUUUCCUGUGUUAUACAACAGAUAUGUGGACUUUACGGUGUGGGGAAUCCUACCUUUCACUUACCUGUCACUUUAUAGCACCUAACUAUGAGAUGCACUUCCAGAAUCUACAGACAGGCCAUUUUCCUGGGACCCAUGACUCCUCUCACAUAGCUGAAGCCCUUCUAUCAGCUGCUAAGGAGUGGUGCAUAAACAUUCCCAAACAGAUCAUCACAUUUACAACUGAUAGUGGGUUCAAUAUUGUAAAGGAUCUCGAUGACAUGACUAUACCACGUCUAUCAUGUGCUGGACAAACUUUAAAUUUAGCUGCAUAAAAAGCUAUUCAAGUUCGGCAAGUCACCACAGCUAUGGGAGAUGUCAGAAAAUAGUAAUUAACACAAUUCCAUCGUUCCCACAAUGAUCAGCAGGAGCUUCAAAAGAAACAAAAGAUGUUUGCAGAUGUCCCAAAACAUCAUUUAAUUCAGGAUGUUGUGACACAAUGCAACUUAACUUAUGACAUGAUUGAAAGAGUAAUUGAGCAGCAGCAUCCAAUCAGUGCUAUCCUAUUGCAACGCCGUGACCUAAUUCAUUUAGAAAUGUCUACCAAUGAAUGGAGAGUUUUGGAAGAUACAAUACAAUUAUUGAAGCCCUUCAAUGUAGCAACACGCUGCUUAUCUGGAGAGCGAUAUCCAAUUAUAUCAGCCCUUGGCCCACUAUUAAAAGAAAUUCAAAAGGAAGUAACUCCAGAUGCAAAUGAUUGGGUAGCUGUGAAAGAAUUAAAGAUGGCAUUACAGGAAGACCAAGAAAAUAGAUAUAUCCAUCCUCAUGUUAGUGGUCUCUUGCAUAAAGCAUCAUUUGUAGAUCCAAGCUUCAAGACAAUGAAGAAUCUUUCACUUACUCAAAAGGAAGAGGUUAUAGAUACCAAAAGAAAUAAGGUUAUAGAUACUAUCUUAGAAGAGAUAAUUCAGUUGAUAGAAGGCAAUUCUUAAGAGUCAAGACAACACUCCAUAGUAGUAGAUGAUGAUGAAAGUAAUACAGAGGAACCUAAUCACAAGAAAAAGCAUGCUUCAGUGCAACUACUUGGAGAUCAAUUCCUUGAUACUGAUACUGAGGUUCCUGAAGCUAUGAAUACCAGUACAGCACACAAAGACUUAGUACAGUCUGAGGUAUAAGGCUGAACCUUCUAUUGCUCUUGACCAGUGCCCACUGAAGUGGUGGAAGACUCAAAUGCUUACUUACUCAAAUUUGUCUCUAAAUAGCACGGAAAAUAUCACAGUGUUGUCGCCACCUCUGUACUGUCUGAACAAUUAUUUAGUACCACUGGUAAUAUAGUGUCAAUGAGAAGAGCUGCACUAAAACCGGAGAAUGUCAUUAAUUUAUUUUUUUACAUGGUAACUUACCACAAGUGCAAUUAGACUAUAAACAUUCUCAGA